AUGUCUCGUUGGUGGUGUGGUCCUGUAUCCCGCCCAGAGCAAAUGCGGUUCCCUUGGCAGCAAAAGUCUGCUACUUUGGGCGCUUCUGUGGAGAUUCAGACCUGUUUCAUUGCAGUUGUUUAUAAAGGAAGAAGAAAGGGGACAAUUAAUUUUGUUGCCGUUCUUUGCACUGAUAAAUGCAAAAGAGCUGAAAUAACAAACUGGGUUCGUCUGACUCAUGAAAUCAGACACAAGAAUAUAGUGGCAUUUCAUGAAUGGUAUGAAACAAGCAACCAUCUCUGGCUUGUAGUGGAGUUAUGCACAGGUGGUUCUCUAGAAUCUGUUAUUGCUCAAGAUGAACAUCUACCUGAAGAUGUAGUGAGAGAAUUUGGUGUUGAUUUGCUUAAUGGUCUAUACCAUAUACAUAAGCUUGGAAUUAUCUUUUGUGAACUGACGCCUGGAAAGAUUCUGCUGGAAGGGCCUGGCAAUUUGAAAUUCAGUAAUUUUUGCUUGGCUAAAGUGGAUGGUGAAAACUUGGAAGAAUUUUUUGCUUUAGUUGGAUCUGAAGAAGGUGAAGGAGAUGUCAGUGAAAGCACUCCACAAAGAUACCUGAAAAAUAGAUUUCGAGGUUCUCCGUUAUACACAGCUCCAGAAGCAAUAAAGGGUGAAGACUUCUCCAAAGCCAGUGAUCUGUGGUCCUUGGGAUGUUUACUUUAUGAAAUGUUCUCAGGAAGACCACCAUUCUUCUCAGACAGCUUUUCUGAAUUAAUUGAAAAGAUUUUAUAUGAAGAUCCAUUGCCACCUAGACCAGAGGGUUCUGCUUUUUGCAAACCUUCUGCUGAAUUCAUUAGUUUGCUUGAUGGCUUGCUUCAAAAGGAUCCUCAGAAAAGGCUGAAUUGGACAGACCUAUUGCAGCAUCCUUUCUGGAAAGGAUCCCUUAGCCAUUGUGGUGGUUAUUCUGCAGACAGCCAGGCCACAAGCUCAAGCAGUGAAGACACAGUCUCAUCUGUGUCUUGGAGUGCCAAAGAGCCAGUGGAUACUCAUAAAAAUCUAGAUAACCUGUUAUCCUCAGGAGCAAAUAAUAAGCUACCAAGCAAUUCUUUCAAAAUAGAAACUCAGACUGAAUUGCGCCCCAAAAAUGCAGUUGAUGGUGAAUCAAAUGAAUCAAUAUUUCUUCUCAGUUCUCGUCCCACUCCUAGAACUAGCACUGCGGUAGAAGUAAGUGAUGCUACUACUGCCCUAACCCAAAAUUCUCCACAAAGAGAUUCAUGCUUGAAAAAGGCUAAAAAUAUGUGCUCAAGUCGGCAGGAUAUGGAGUCAACAUUGAAAGAGCUCAUUUACACUGAAUCUGAUCUUAUCAUAACACCAAUCAUUGACAAUCCAAAGAUAAUGAAGCAAGUGCCAGUUAGAUUUGACUUGAAAACCUUACAUAUACCAACAUAUUCAGCUGAGAAGUUAUCAUCUAUGAAAGACGUGGACUGGAAUGACUUCUUGGAACGAGUAUGGUCAUUGCUUGAUUCCACUGAGAAGAAUACAGGAGCAGCACGUUCUAAACUGAACUUACUGUACUAUCUGUGUACUGUGGCUGUGCACAAGGAGGUUGCAAGCAGGCUAAUUAGCUCUAAGCUGUUUCCUAUAUUGAUACAGCAGCUGCGUGCAGCCACCAACUGGGAUAUACGUGCCAAAGUUGCUCGGCUGAUUGGUUUACUGGCAUUACACACAUCUGAACUUGGAGAAAAUGUACCUGUUUCUGAGGCAAUUAUACUUUUAACUGAACUCAUCAGAGAGCACUUCAGAAAUAGCAAAUUGAAACAAUGCCUUUUACCAGCACUUGGGGAGCUUCUUUACCUCAUAGCCAGUGAGGAGGAAAAAAGGGAGCACCCUAGAGAACGCUGGGUUGUUCCCUCAGCUGCUUACACUGUGCUAAUGAGGUGUCUUCGGGAAGGGGAAGACCGGAUAGUGAACCAUUUGGCAGCUAAGAUAAUUGAAAAUGUUUGCACUACUCUCUCUUGCCAUGCACAGGGAUUUAUUACAGGAGAAAUUGGACCUGUAUUGUGGUACCUUUUCACACAUUCUACAGUAGAUUCUUUGAAGAUAACUGCUGUUUCGGCUUUAUGCAGAAUUACUCGUUCCUCACCCAGUGCUUUCCAGAGUGUCAUUGAAAAAGUGGGAUUAACAGCCGUACUGAAUUCCUUGGCGAAUGGAAUAUGCAAAAUUCAGCAGUACAUGCUCACCAUGUUUUCAGCAAUGUUGUCAUGUGGGAUUCAUCUACAGAGGCUGAUUCAAGAAAAGGAUUUUGUGACUACAAUUACUCGUUUACUUGAAAGUCCUUCAACUUUUAUUCGAGCAAAAGCCUUUCUGGUCCUGCUACAAGUUUUAAUUAAUAACAGGGAGAUGUUGCUACUCAGUUGUCAAGCAAGACUCGUGAUGUAUAUUGAAAGAGACAGCAGAAAGACCACACCAGGAAAAGAGCAGCAAGGUGGCAGUGAAUACCUGUCAAAAUGCCUGGAUCUUCUCAUCUAUCACAUUGUGCGGGAGCUGCCAGGAAUUCUAGGUGACAUUCUCACUGCCUUAACUAAUGUCUCUGGACGUAAACACCCAUCAACAGUUCAGGCCAAACAGCUGAAGAUGUGCCUUCCCAUGAUGCCUGUAGUGCUUCAUCUUGUGACAUCCCCGGUAUUUCGUCCCCAGAUAGUCACAGAGGAGUUUCUUUUCAACUAUGGGACCUUACUUAAUUUUAUCAGAUCGAUAGAUUCAGGAGAAACAAACUUGGAUGGAGCAAUAGGGCAAGCUGCAUCAGAAGAAUUGAUUAAGACUACUUUAUCAACCUUUGAAGCAGUAAUACAGCAUCCUGUCUUGUUGACAAUCCAUCGCUUGACU